CUUUUCUGCCGUAAAGCCCUCCCUAAGCCCUCCUUCUCACUCGCGCCUUGAGCUCAGCACGCGAGCUUCUCAAACACGUUCCAUCGUCUGUGACUGUUAGCCCUCUUCCUUUUUUUUAUCACAUACCUGCUAGCUAGUUAGUUAUUGAGCUAGCCGACUGGCUAGUGAGGCUGGCAUAGCUGAUUCGGGUAUCAAGAGGGUUAUAUAUGGAGAUUUGAUUACAUUUUCUUGCCCAUCCCCCCCCCCAAGAAUUCUUCGUUCUUCGUUCUUCUUCUUCUUUUUCGGGUCUUUCUCUAUUUUCUCUCUGUUGCUUUUCUGCUUCCUUGCUGAAAGUUGGUGACAAUGCCGCUCGGAGAAAGGGCUGGGGAUAACACCGAAUCACGGUAUUGCGGUAUAGAGACGGAGUUCAGUGAUGACAUGCCACAUGUGCUAACUCUCCAUCUCGUUUCCGGGGGAUUCGAUUUCGUUGUUGCUCCUCUGAUGGAUCCUGCAUAUCGACCAAGUUUAGUGCAGAAGGAUAGUUUUGGUUCUUCUGUUCUUCCAUUUGCCGGAUCAGACUUGGUCUUGAGCCCUUCACAGUGGAGUAGUCGUGUAGUGGGAAAAAUUAGCUCAUGGAUCGAUUUGGAUUCAGAGGAUGAAACCUUCAGGAUGGACUCUGAAACCACUCUCAGACAAGAAAUAGCUUGGGCAUCUCAUCUCUCUUUACAGGCUUGCCUUCUUCCAGCUCCGAAGAGAACAUCUUGUGCUAAUUAUGCUAGAUGUGUGAAUCAAAUCUUGCAGAACCUAAAUCAUAUGCAGCUGUUUCUUAGGAUUCCAUUGAUCAUGUCUGAUGAUGAUUCCAUGGGUGCCAAUUCUGAAACUUCGAUUGAUUCUUGGGAAACUUGGAAUUCAUUUCGUCUCCUCUGUGAGCAUCAUAGUCAAUUGUCUAUCGCACUUGAUAUUGUGAGUACAUUACCAUCAGCAAACUCACUUGGGCGCUGGUUUGGGGAACCUGUUAGAUCAGCUAUAAUAAAUACUGAUUGCUUUUUGACUAAUGCUCGCGGUUAUCCAUGCCUCUCAAAGCGCCACCAGAUGCUAGUUACUCGUUUUCUUAACCAUUCUAUACAGAUAAUUAUUUCUGGAAAAUCAGUUCAUCCAAGAGCGAGUGUGGAUCCAGAUGCUUCUCAUGCUGUUGUGGAAAGACAUCCUUUGAGGCCUUAUCUGGACUAUGUUGCUUAUCUAUACCAAAGAAUGGAUCCUAUUCCUGAGCAAGAACGCUUUGAGCUUGGUUACAGGGACUUCUUACAGGCACCCUUGCAACCUCUCAUGGAUAAUCUAGAGGCUCAAACCUAUGAAACGUUUGAGAAAGACACAGUGAAAUACAGUCAGUAUCAAAGAGCAAUAUGUAAAGCGUUGCUGGAUAGGGUUCCUGAUGAAAAGGCGUCUGAAAUUAUCACUAUAUUGAUGGUUGUUGGUGCUGGGCGCGGACCUCUUGUUCGGGCAUCAUUAGAGGCAGCCGAAGAGACUGGGAGGAGGAUAAAAGUAUAUGCGGUGGAAAAGAAUCCUAAUGCAGUCGUUACGCUUAAUAGUUUGAUUAGGUUAGAGGGCUGGGAAGGUACAGUUACCAUAGUCUCAAGUGACAUGCGCCACUGGAAUGCGCCUGAAAAGGCCGACAUAUUGGUAAGUGAAUUGCUAGGUUCUUUUGGUGACAAUGAGCUGUCUCCUGAGUGCCUUGAUGGAGCCCAGAGGUUUUUGAAGCAAGAUGGAAUUUCAAUACCAUCUUCGUACACAAGUUUCCUCCAACCAGUGACAGCUUCAAAGUUAUAUAAUGAUGUUAAGGCACAUAAAGAUAUAGCACACUUUGAAACUGCUUAUGUUGUGAAAUUACACAAUGUGGCCAGGCUGGCACCAUCUCAACCUGUUUUUACAUUUACUCAUCCAAAACCCUCAGAUAUGGAAAGCAACAAUCGAUACAAGAAGUUACAAUUUGUGAUACCAAAUGACACUGGAUCAGCUAUGGUUCAUGGGUUUGCUGGCUACUUUGAUGCUACACUUUACAAAGAUGUGCAUCUUGGAAUUGAACCCUCAACAGCAACGCCGAAUAUGUUCAGCUGGUUUGCAAUAUUUUUCCCGUUAAGGGUACCCAUUUGUGUGGAUCGGGGCGCUACUUUAGAAGUACAUUUCUGGCGUUGUUGUGGUCCAACAAAGGUUUGGUAUGAGUGGUGUGUUACGUCUCCCUCUCCGUCUCCAGUUCACAAUAGCAAUGGACGCUCUUACUGGGUUGGCCUUUAGAAUACUCGAAAGUGAGGUUGAGUUUCGGACAUCCCGGGGCUUUUGAUAUUUCACCCCACAAUGUCCUAUCCUCCCCAUAGUUGAAUUCUGAUUUUUUUCAAGUUCGCCCGAUGUCCUUCACUUUCUGUUCGUUCUUGCAAACCACAUUGUACAAUAAGAUGUUUAUGAUAGGUUAUGUAGGUUUGUGUGUUCUUGAAUUGUAGUAUAUGGUUUCAUAAUUUCUAUUA